UUUUAAAGGUAGGGACGAAGUGAUAGAUAGACGGACGCUGCGUUUAAAUGAACUAAUUCAUGACUAGUUGAUUGUAGGAAACACAGUAAGAGUCAUGUAUAGCCAAACUGAGUGCACAAAAGAAUAGCGCACGUUUCUGAAGCCUCCAAAGACGCACAGAUGGGCGGGCAGCGGUGUAAACAACCUGUCCAUUAGCUGUCCAGUGCAUGCCUUUCAAUUCAAUCCCACAUCAGUCCUGUGCUGCUGACCCAUCUGAGCACCAGAGCCAACGGUGCUGUUGCAUUCAAGCCUGUGAGCACUACUCUGAGAGCAGCCAAACAAACCACAUGGCUGCCCUGGAUUGCUGCAUGAAACUUUAUCUUUGAAGAGAUAGGGUUAGUAGUUCAUAGUUUUGAAACUGCACAUUAGAUUGCAGAAAGAAAGCAAUUACACCGAUUUGAGGCAAUAGCAAUAACAAAAGAUGAAAUUGUAAUUUCUUCUAAAGCCAAAGAGAGGUGGAAACAAGCAAGAGGAUACUUCCCACUGCUUCUAUUUGCCAUUCCCUCAGACUGUGGCUCUGUCAAGCACCGACCCUCCCAUGCCCAGGUCACAUCUGAGAGGAAAACAGCUAAAUGUUUCCUGUGAAAGGCCGUUAUGCAUGCAACAUUUUGACAGACUUUUGAGCAGCAAAAUCAUUCUAAAACUACUCUCUCCCAUGCUGCCUUCCUUUUUUUUUUGUGCAAAAAUUGCUGAGCUUGGCCCCUAAAAUAUCAAUCGCUCAGUAGCCUUGUUGGUUAAUCAUGGACGGUGACAUUUAGUGACCAGUCUGCGUGUCAGUGUACCUGCAUUAUUUGGUGUACAAAGUCUCAUUGUGGGGAUAAACAGCCCUCAAGGUGUGUCACAGAGUAUAAAUAGUUGAACAAAGGCCCUUUUUAAGCUGACAAGAGGCCGAAACCUGAAACGUGGGGAGUGAUUCUCCCCUCUGGUAACUCUACACGCUCACACACUGAGUGGCUGGACAAUCUCUCCCGUAAAAUAGAGUUACAGUACUUAGAUCCAGAGAGGGUGAAGAGAAAUGCAUUAGGGCACAUGUCUUCCACACUGCUCCAGUUGUUUUUUUUUCAAAAAGAAGACCCAUCCACCCCUCCUUCUGGCCCUCACAUGAGUUGAAAAAAAGUAGGAGAAGAAGACACCUGGGCGGACCACAUCCAGAGUCCCAACAGCCUCAAGAAGUCUCCUCUUCUCACCACCCAGACCUUUCAUCUUGGUCAGGACUAAGGAGUAGAGGUUUUACCACCAGGCUGGAAUAGCUGCUUUACAUCUGUCUUUUGUCUCCUAUACUUAAGUGUGUGUGUCUCUCUGUGUGUGUGUGUGUGUGUGUGUGUGUGUGUGUGUGUGUGUGUGUCUGUGUGUUGUGAGCCACCGGUCUUUUUCUCCGGUCAGGAUGUCUGCAAUACAAGAGCUGCUGCUACAUCUGGCCCUCCUAGUGCUUCAAGCCUCUCUGUGCUAUGGAGCCUGCGUGGAGGUGGACUCGGACACAGAGGCCGUGGUCAACAAAGGCUUCAAACUUGGCUGCAUUUCCUGCAAGAUGAGAAGCGAGGUGCCCGCUGCGGCCUCAGUCGACUGGCACUUUAAGGCUUCAGAUGAGACCAACUUCACCCAUUUAUACCACUAUGAAAAUGAAACGCCCACUAUCAUUGACCGACGUUUCUAUGACCGCCUGGACUGGAACGGCACCAAGGGCAGCAGGGACCUGCAGGAUGGUUCUAUCUUUAUCCUCAAUGUGACCUUUAAUGACACAGGAACCUACAAGUGCAUAUUCAGCCGCACCCUCAUGUAUCCCAACUACGAGUUUUCAACUGAACCCAACAUUACUAUCGUCAUGAAAGUGGUGCCACAAGUUACCAGGGGACUGGCAUCCAUCUUGUCUGAGGUGAUGAUGUAUGUGUCCAUCAUUGGGCUGCAAGUAUGGCUCGUAAUUGAGAUGAUUUACUGCUACAGGAAGAUUUCAGCAGCCGGAGAGGAAGCUUUGAGAGAGAGCGCGGCGGAGUAUUUAGCUAUAGCAUCAGAAAGUAAAGAUAAUUGUGCAGGUGUUCAAGUGGCAGAAUAGCAUUGUUUUAUGUUUUUCCACUUAAAGUUGAGGAAGAAUUCAAGAAAGCUUCCCUGAGGAAUCUCAUAUUGCCUCUUUCAUGCCCUCUCCUCUUACCGUCACUCACAUCCUGCCAUCCUUUCCACAAGAUGGAAAAAUCAAACCACACAAUGGAGAAAGAUCUUCAUAGGAAGUUUUUUCAAGUGACUUUCUGCAGAUGGAAAGGACUAAAUGUAUCCUGUUGUGAGGGUCAGGAGAGGUGUAUUAGGUUGUAGUCCAAUGGGAAAGAGGAAGAGGGUUGAACUGUGUAUGCACAGAUUAUUUUGUAUAGAUAUUAUAGGCCUACAUUGCAUAUACACUGUCUGCAUGCUUAUGAGCUAAUCAAAAUGACCAACAUCAUGCUUCUGAUAUUCAGUCAUGUUUUAAAUCAGUUGUGUCAUAUUUAAUUUCACACUGUGUGUAACUGAUAAGGGUUUCAUAAAGCCAACUAAAAGCUG